AUAUACAUUUGAAUAGCAGGCAAGAGGAAUCCACAGGAAAUCAGUCUUUGGAGUUCCUGUUGUUCCAGAAGGUUCAACCCGCCCUUUGCUUAUAGCUGCAGCUCUCCAGCUGAGAUUGGAAUAUUAGAUUAGUUCAUCAAAAUAGACAUUCCCUGGACCCAUUCAGGUAGGAGAGCAGUUACCUAUGGCCUUUCUGAAGAGUAGGGCAGCAACGCUCUGCACUGUAGGUAGCUUUUCCCUUUAGGCAUUCAGGAAAGACAUAUGGACUUUUGACAGUAGGAGUGGUUCCAUAUAAGCUUGGUGUUGCCAUUCCCUUGAAAAUCCAGCAACAAGGAAUGUAGAACUGAUGCACAAGAGCAAUAUUACCAUUAGAAAUACAGUCACUCAAGGAAUUUUGAUGUCUUCAGGUUUUAGUAGAGAAAAAGGGAGAGUUUGAGGCUUAGCAUCUUGUGUAUCGGAUUUAAGUGUCUCUAAUGACAGAAGCCAUCACCUAAUCAUCUAAAACCUAGUACCAUGUUCUAUGAAACUGAACUACUUCCCCUGAAAUCCUGAUAUAUACUUGCCGAGGAAGCUAAAACAGAUUUAAUACAGAACUAUUUUACUGUUAGCUUGUUUUCUGCCUAUAUUUCACCUCACGUUUUUGUGGCUUUUGGUUUACCAGGGAUUUCAGGUAAUAAGUUGUCAGAACUUGAUUUUGACCCCAAAGUACUCAAAGGUAUUAAGCCCAGAUUUCAAAAACAACGACAACAAAAAAGAAAUUAUUAGAAGCACUUUCUGCAGGUACUUUUUUUUAUGUGUGUUCAAACAUGCUUAAACUCUUUCCUAUAUAAGAAUUACAAGAAUCAAUGUGGAUUUCUGACAUAUCAGCACAUUUAUGCUUCUUGCUGCUUAUCUAUUAUUGCUGGGACACAGGCUUCAACCAUUUUAACAAAGGUUUGGAAUCCUUCACAAGAAGGCUUCAGCACCAUGAAAGCCUCCUCUAAGUAGUCAGCUGCUAUUUUCAGGCUUUUUUUCAUGGAUCUGUGUCCUUGAGGGGUAGCAUGUAGGAAAAGAAUGACUGAAGAGGGGGAGUCUAGAAACUGAAGCCCAGUAUGUUGGGACAUUCCACUGGAGCUGCCUUCUGUGGUACUCGGUGUCUCCUUUUGUUGCAGCAUCUUCACAAUAUCAGCAUAGUCUAUGAGGAGUUCUGAUACUCGGAUGUAUAAGGCAGGUGAACUCAAUAACUGGUGAAGAGCAGACUCUACAGCACCAGGGAAGUUGUCAUGUUUCAACAUCACUGCAACAAGUGCACCCACGAAGCUUUUGACAGCUCCCUUGUAGCUCUCAUAGAUUUCCUUUACUGCGGUGAUCCUGUCCCGCAGGGAGGUGGUGGAAUUAGAAAUUUUAGCCAGCAAACUGAGCUUGAUGCUUUCCUCUACAUCUUUGCCUUUUGUUUCCAUGGUGGUUUGCAUCUCUUUCAAAGCACUGACCAUGAGCUGCAGAUUAUCUUUAAUGCUAAAGUUUUCUUUCACUGGCAUGAUGGAGAAGUUGGUGCACAGAUGCUCAUUGAGGAGUCGGAAUAUUGUGUUGGUUGAAGAGACAUAGGCGUACACUGUGUCAUGAAGAUUAUGGCAGGCCCUGACCAGCCUUUCUUUAUCACUUGCACAAAAAAGGUGGGAUAACAUUUCUGGUGUGUGUUCUGAUUCUGAAAAGCAAACAGAGGAAAUCCAGAAGACACAGGGGAAUAAAACUGACAUAUUUUCAACUAGAAUGUUACAUUUCUGAAACCAAUAUUACAAAUUAUCAACCUACUUGACCCACCCUCCCCCAAGACAUUGCAGUUAGAAGAAAACAUGGAAAAAGCUGUCAGCCUUUGCAGAAGUCUUACCAAGUAGGCCAGCAAAGUAUGCUGUAAACAGCUGCAAGUAUUGCUACUCUUACACAGCAGGAAGUGUGACUCUGACCUUCAGUAUGCAAACUGAAAAGCAGUGGAAGUACUGUAAGUGAAUUAUUCUUGCCUUUUAGUGUUUAUUAGUAAAUUUAUGGGAGUCCUAGCAAACAAGCUACUUUACAUCAUUCUUAGAAAUACAAUCCUUCACUUUGUGUAUAGUGGUGGGUCUACACAGAAUGAGACAUAUUCUGGGAAAGGGGGAAUAGACACAGCAAAGUCAAAUGCAUCAGACAUCUACAUUCAAGAGACCAAGCAAGUGAAGACUGAGUAAUGUAAUGUUUUGUCAGGGCGCGGUUUUCUGUGAAAUGACUUAUAUCUGUCAGUUCACACAGUGGCCAGACAUUGCAAGCAUCUCUUGAUAGGUGGAAGCACAAAACAUUCUUCUUGCUUGGGCUCCCAUCUUCCUACCAUUUUGACUACUAAGGAAGUUAUGUCCUUGCACCUAAGGGCUCUCCCAAGGCCUUCUGCAGGUACAGAAUGUAGCUGAAGGGACUGCUCUUGAUUUUAUGUUUAUUUGUGCCAGAGCCCUGAAAAGCCUGGUUGCAGCAAACAUGUUUCAUCAGCUAUUGCUGUGGUUAGAUAUGUCCAAGCAGUUGCAACUUCCCAUCUCACUCCAUACUUUUUAAGACUUUUCUCUCAUUGCUCAGCUCAGCCUGCUGCUUGUUCCUCCUUUCCCUUCCCAUGGCAAAAGUGAUUUGAAAUUGUGUGAAAUGGUAAAAUUGAUUUUAGCCUCUACUGCUGUUCAAUCAGAGCUGGCUCUGGGGCUCCUCACCACCUCUUCCAUUCUCACAGCAUCAGAGGAGAGGACCCGGAAAAUUGCAGCAAAGCAUGGUGACAGACACUCCAGCUGAAGUCCUCCCCCCAAACAUAAUAGGUCUGAAACGAUAGCUAUUAAUCUUCCCUAAAGACCUAGAAUAAAGCAGAAACAAAACUGCUUGCUUAUCGUUUAAAUUAUUUUCUGCCAUGUUCCAAGCAAUACAGUGGAGACUCUAGAAAAGAAUAAUUUGCAUUCACUGUAAACUUUGAGGACCUGAAAGUAGCUUCCAGAAUAUAGAAUGUGACACAAAGGCAGUUGCCAAUCUGACCAAUUCAAUUCCAUUCACUACAAUAUUGGAGGAAGUAUUUCAGGACUACAUGGCACUUUCAGUUAAUAACAGGAGUCAAAACUAAUUGAUGAUUGCAGAAAUGUAAUAGUUAAAUCACUGUUGCUCUCUCUCAGCUCAUGUCUUCAUGCCUACAGCUGUGAAAACAAGGGCAGUUAGGUACUCUGGCUCUGGGCUGAAUAUAAUAGCUCAGCUUUCAGGGGAAAAACAAGCUGGCAAUUGCGGAGCACUCAUUUUAUGUUUGGUCUUUCAUUUGCAUCUGAGGACUCAACCAUUCUAUACUGGGGAGGCCACAUUCAUGAGCAGCUCUGUAUUUCUAUGAAUCAGAGCAUGGAAGAUGUCUAGCUUGGAUGAAGGCAGAAAUACAAGCUUGUCUUACUGGGACAGAAAAAGCCCGUUUUCACUGUGUGUGGUAUCAGUUACCCUAUCUGCGUGGGGCUGUCCAACAUGCCUUCUGUAAUUCGCAAGUCUACAAAAAAAGUUAUGGCAACAAUUCAUUAUUGCAAGCAAUAGCUGCAAGCAUUAGUGUUUAUUGUUUAUACUUAUAAACAAUAGAAUUUUAUAAAUCCCAGUGCAAAACCUAAUCCUGUAUCUGUAUGAAUGAAAAGCACUGUCCCACAUCUUUUACAUUGUAAGAACAGCAAGUAAUACCAUCCCCUUUCAGCUAUGGCUGUAGGUACCUGUGAUGCUACCCUUGUCAUAGGCAGAGGGAUUCAUGCAAUACUUAUUCCAUCAAGGAACAGAGACCUUUGGAGGGCCUAACAAUUGGGAACUAACACGAAAUAAACUGAAAUGCGUUCAAAUUGAAAGGAAGGAGAAAAGAGGAAGAAAAUUAAAUUAAUCCAAGAAAACACCACACAAUAGAAUUAAUGACGAGCAGGCAGGCAACAGGACCCAGCUGAAGCCCGGGGUCUGGAUCCCUAACUCGUCACAUGCUGCUGGAAAGCACCAGAGGAACACAAGGGAAAGAGGAUGAAAGUCACUGUCCCGUACACAUUCAACUGAUUGCAGGAGCACUCAAACAAAAUCAGUAGCCUGUUUCUGAAGAAUGGCGCUGAGUGACCUCCUUUACCCAGAUAAUCCCAAAAGAAGGCAAGAAUUGAUCCAUCUGCACCAGGAAUUGCUCAACUGCAUGUCUAUAAAUUUCCAUGCUACAAAUGAGCUGGUUGGAGUACUGAAUGAACAGCUGGGCUGUACCAUUGCCCGCAUUCAGAUGAGAGAGAGCAGCACUGUCAAGGAAAACUGUGACAUUAUCAUUCGAGCGAUGAGUGAGAUUCAGCAUCAGCUACAGAAGAUUGAUAGUGACAUGAAGGAAAAGCUAGAGCCUGUGCUGUACCAGCGGCUGUAUGACAUCAAGGAGCCUGAAUUGGAGAAAAUUGCAAUAGCUCAUAAAGUUUUUUCCAUUGUUCUUGGAGAAGCGACUUCCACAGCUGGGAUGGUAGCUGUCAAACUACUCAGUUCCAAUUUUAUAACUCUCGCUGUGAGCAAGCUCAUCAGUCUCCUUGCGCAGAUUGGGGCAUCUGUUCUUGGGGGAAUCAGCAUCACCAUUCUUGGGCUUGGCAUUGAAAUGAUUCUCCAUGCCAUCCUGGGAGCCGUGGAGAGGAAUCAACUUCUGGAAGCUGUGAGAAGCUAUGAGAAGCACCUGGAUGAGUUUAAAGCAGCCUCAGAAAAGUACCAGCGUGACAUACAAGAAGUGGCUUCUUUGGUGAGACAGCAGGUUCAGUGAAUCAAGUUGGAGUUCUCUCUUCUGCUGUGACAGUGGUUGCAGCAGCUACACCUUCAGAAACCUUUUUGAUUCAUUACGAGAAACGAACUACCAAUGUUUUAUUCUCUUACUAGUGGCAGCAGAGCAAGAGAUGUGACAGAUCAGGGAACUGGCAUUGAAAUAUAUUAAUAGGGAAGUGAUUUACAGAUGCUCCUGGGAGGCAAUGCUUUGAACACUUUGAAAUUCUGCUUAAGCUGUUUUCAGGAAUGCAUUACAGGUGACCCUGAACUGUAAUUUGUAUUAGUGCCAAUAAUAUAAUAUUCUCUGCUGAAGCUGCAGUGGUGAGAAGGUGUGAUUUUUCUCUUACUGUGUUUCUAUAUAAAAACUGACUACAUGAUAGGGGAGAACAAUUUCAACAAGUCAGUUCAUGUCUUCAUCUGGAGGGCUCAUCAGGACAAUUGUGGUUGCUAAACUCUUAGCAUGGAUUAGUUCUAAAUCUGAUAGUCUGAAUUCCCUUUUCAUAGAAGUGCUUACAAGGACUAGCCGAAGCAUAUUUAACUGCUGCUUCCUGUCCCAUGCCUGCCUAAGGAGCCAGCCAGAGAUCUUCUUUAAAUAAACUCUAAUCCCAGUAGAUUACCAGGUGAGAGAAGCAUGGGCCUACAGGCAAAUGCACACAACCUUGCCCCACAACCAAGAGAUACCAGCUCUAGCAUUCCAGGCAUGUCUGGCUGUGAAUAACCUCUUAUGCUCAGUAAUGUCCCACUUCUACCAUUCCACAAGUAAAUAUUUAGUGUGCAGUUGCCACUUUGUUGAUUGAAAUGGGAUUGUACACGUUUACAGCCUUAUUAAUGCACUAAAUUUAUUUUCAAGUGCUUUACCCAGACCCACCAAUAUCAGGCUUCCAAGAGUGUGCUCAGAUUCUGCAUUUCCCUAUAUGCUACUGAAUGUCUUUAUUUUUCACAUUUUAAAAACAAAGCUGGAAGCAAAAAUGUGAUUAGCAAUCUCUUCAUCUGAUUUGCUGUGUUUUAUUUUUUUGCUUUGAUGUUUGGAAAAAAAAAGGUAAUUUAAGAAUUAAUAAAAAUAUACCUGAAUAUUGUAAGGGCUUUCUUUCUUGUACUUGUUUUUUCUUUUAUUCUGUCUGAAAAACUAAUCUUAAAUCAUACAAUGAAAAAAUAUUAAAAUAUUCACUAUAGAUGCUAUUUACAAAUUCUUUUUUAUGUCUAUGAUAGACUAAUCCAGUAGGAUUGUGUAUAUGUUCCUUUUUUCAGCACCAACUUCCCCAAUAUUAAAAGCAUACUUAAAUU